CGUUUUAGAUUUUUUAUUUUUAAAUAAUGUUUCAAAAAGUUUCAAUCUUUGUGUUUUGCUUUAUAUGUCUUUCGAACGGGUUCCUUCUCCCGAAUACGUUCUACCAGCCAAUACCUCGCAUAGUGGGGGGCGAAGAUGCUCCUGACGGAGGGGCCCCGUAUCAGGCGUCCUUGAGAUCCUUAUUCAACUCUCACUUCUGCGGUGGUUCCAUCAUCAGCAGCAAGUGGGUUUUAACAGCUGCUCAUUGUACUGUCAGCCAAUCAAAGCACACAAUGAAAGUAGUAGUGGGAACGAACAGCCUCACCCACGGUGGGGAGAAGUACUCCGUGGACAAAAUAAUAGUCCACGAGAAAUACAACAGCAUGCUAAUCAACAAUGACGUCAGCGUAAUCAGAGUGGAUACCGAGAUCGAGUUCAGUGACCUUGUGCAGCCCAUAGCGUUGCCUGACCGGAAUACUGAGGGUGGAGCUGAUCUUAUACUCACUGGCUGGGGAAGACUUUCGUAUCCAGGCAGUCUGCCUGACAAACUGCAGAUGAUCCAGCUGUCAGCACUGAGCGUUGAUGACUGUCAAAAAAUAUACACCAAUGUCAAUGACGUCUAUGACAGCCAGAUUUGCUCAUUGACUAAAGCUGGCGAAGGCGCUUGCCAUGGUGAUUCCGGAGGGCCACUGAUAGAAGAUGGAAAAAUUGUUGGCGUGGUGUCGUGGGGCGUACCCUGUGCGAAAGGCUUCCCUGACGUCUACUCCAGAGUGUUCACAUUCAAGGACUGGAUAUUGGAGAAGACCGAAAUAUCCAACUAAUACUGACCCAGUACAAAUAAAACCUUUAUCAUUUA